CAUCUUUCGUUUGUGGAGCAAUGCGCAAUGGAGCGAAAAGCAAUAGAAAGUCUUUUGUUCUUUCUCACUUUCUCAGCUGAUAUUGUGUGAUACGCUUCGCAACAAUGUCUCCAUAAGGUGGUGCAAUAAUUAAAAAAUUGUGAUUAUUAAGCAGCGAAGAAAAUACGGAGACAAUUAAGUGUCUUUCUAAUCUAAUUGAUCCCUUAAUAACGUGGACACUUACUGGGAUGGAUAACGUUUAAUUUGUUUAUGCUUUCUAAUUGAUCGUUUAACAAUGGAUCAUUCGCCUUCUGGUCGGAAUAUAACCUCACCGUCGGCCGGAUCGAGUAAGAAAUUAACUUGGGAGGAAUUAUGGUCAAUUUUUGCGACCCGGACAUCGCCCGAUUUCACGUUUGUGGUUCGCCAAGCAGGAAAAUCCACGGUGGUGGAGUCUUACAAAUCUUUCUUAAUUGCGAGGUCGACCAAGUUGGCGAAAUUGGUGAAAGCUGCGAGCGAUGAUAAGACAAAUCUACACACGGUGGAGGAUGCGAAUCCUGACGUGUUUAUCAUGUAUCAUGAGUUCCUCCACACCGGAAAAUUCGACACUCGUAGCGACAUUAGAGACUCAGACCUUAUAAGGAUGCUACGAAUUGGGGUACAAUUUUGUCCAGGGAGGGAGGAGGAGGAUGAAACAUGUCGACGAAUAAUGGACGGCCGAAUCUCGUUAAAGAAUGUUUUCAAGCUUAAUCAGCAAGCAAAAGUUUGGAAUUUGUGGUCUUUGGAGGCACUAACAGAGAAAUUUAUUGGAAAAGUAAAUUCGAAUCCGGAAUAUUUCAUUGGGACGAACUCCUUCCAAAACAUGAGUGCUUUCGCUUUACGGGAAAUGCUUAAAUCUGACGAUGUUAAUUACGACGAAGUCAAAUUGUUUGAAGCUGUAAAGAACUGGGCCGCAAACAAACCCGGUCCCACGUCCUCCGCCCGGAUAAGUUUGGACCAAGUAAAAUACGAGCUCCGAUUUCCCCUCAUGUCUGCAACCGACUUUGCCGAAAAGGUCGUCCCCUCUGGCAUGCUCUCCACGCAGGAUGCUCUCGACAUCCUCGUCUACAUUUGCACCAGCCCCGACAAGAAACCGGAAAUGGAAAAAUUCAAUACAAACCCACGCCACCUCAAGGACCUCGACUUAAUUGAAACAAUCGACAUUUCCGGACCUGAUGAUAUCGACAUGGAAGUCGUCAAAGAAGAAUCAGCGCCCUCCUCCCCAUCGCAAGAUUUACUCUAUCCCAUUAUAAAUACGGUGUCAUCAGGGUCAAUCGUCACGUUGGAAAAUGAUCAGAUCCCAAAUUACGACAAUAAUUAUACGUAUGAAGGUUAUGGUGACUAUGGCAACGAAGACUUUUUCGGAAAUCCAAAGUCCCCCGUUAAUGGAAACGAUCCCUUCGGUAACGAUCUCCAUGACAACGAUCUCUUCGUUAACCUAAAACCGAAAGCUAAAUCCCCCACAAGCCUAAAAGUCUCCUCGUGGGAGAAACUCCUAUCUCAACUUCAACAUUCACCCAUCUCUCCGACCCACAUAGUCGCCACGGUCAAACCCUGCGAGCCUGUCAUCUUCCUCCCUAAAAACCCCGUCCUCCUCCCCCACCUCGCCAAGGUCACCCUCUCCCUCACCAUUCGCCCCGACCGGCGCAAAUGGCACAACAAUGUUCGCCACUACAGGACUAAUUUCGACCUCGAUCCGUACAUCUUUUGGACGACGGACUUCUGGGGAAGCCGCACCGAUUUCAAGCUUAUCAUAAAUGAGGUCAAAUUUUUCAAGCUGGACAAACCAAGCCACGAACUUUGUAUUGGAUUCGACUCUGCCGAAACGCCUACGAAUGACAUGUUGUCACGAUUAUUAACCGCGGAUAACAAGCUUGACCCCCGCCACAAUUUCAUAAAGAGGUUAAUCCUCGUCGACAACACGUUACCGGAUGCUCCCUUCCCCUUCCAAAAAUUGAGGGAGGUCACGCUCUGGGGCGUCUACGAUGUGGCCGACCUACUCGGUCGAUUUCUCAAGAAACUGAAAAAUCUUGAAGUUUUCGAAUGUCGCACGAAAGGGGGGAAAGUAAAAAGGUACAACGACCUCACCGAUGAGACGGAGGUUACCAGGAAGAAAAGCGUGAUAAAUCUGGGGAGCGAUUUUACCUCGGGGGACAAAUUAACCAAGGUGGCGAUCUGCUGGGCGAAACUGGUCGUUAUUCCGGGUCGGCCGUUGAGAUGCUUGGCCGGCGUGACCGAACUUUAUACGGACUAUUGUAUCUGGAGUCGUGAAAUUUGGGAUAAUUUCGACACGAUUUUUCCAAACGUUAAACGGGUAGCGUUUGGAUAUUGUCCGCCGAAGGAGGAGGGGAGGAGUCAUGAAAAGAGGGCGAAAUUGGACGAAGCUGCGACGUUGGUUUCCGGUGUGUCGGUCAGACUGAUGAGGACCUUGGUGCGAAAGUGCAAGAAACUCGAGUGGAUUCGUGUCGUCAAGUUGGACUGGGAGUUGGAACCUGUAGUCGAAAAGGAGUUGAAUGAGGUCAAAGGUUUCUUGGAGAAGGCGGGUAUCGAGGUGAAGGAUGACGGGAUGGAUUUUCUCGUAGAGAAGGGGGCAGAUGGAGCGUGGAAAGGGGUCAAAUAUAUUGCGAGAGGGUACAAGGAAAGGCACGCGUUGUAUCAAAAAUACUGGAAAGAAAUGGAUCACUUGGAAUAUGAAAACUUUGGACUGAACAAGAUUUUUAAAGAUUUUGACACUUUUCGAGAAUAUAACGUCGAGCAUUAAAUUAUAUGGAUUUAUGCAGCUUGUUUUAGAUUUAGAACUGAGCUUAGUUUUGACCUAAUGAUAAUUUACGCUUAUUUAUGAAGUUCAAAGAGAUUUAUGUAAACUGGGUAUAUUUUAGUCAACUUGCGCCAUAGUUAAACUAUAACAUUGGCGCAAUAGGUUGCUAUAAUAACGAAUGAAGUACAAACGUAUGUACACAAACUACACAUUUAAAAAUAUAUUUAUACUUACUUAAUAUUUAUCCUUUGUUACAAUAUUCUCCUCGGUAGAUUAUUUGUAUACGAAAAAAUCUGCGUAAUGCACACCUUCCAUAAUAAAUUGACCUCGAUAAAUAUUUAUUUUUGAUAAGACCAUUUAAUUAAAUUACUCAAUGCCAUUUUAUAAUGAAUUCUUGAAACUAUUUAACUUUGCAUUUCGUUACAUAUGCCUGAAAUUUCGUGCGAAAUUAUUUGCAUGUAAAUAUGUAUGCAAACAAUCCACAUAUUUAUGAUUUUUUUACCGAUAUCACUUUCCCCACUCGACGUGAAUCCACCACCACCACCGGCAAUGUUAUACGAUCUGCUGAAAGACUCAAACUGAAAUAAUUUACAAGUUGAAAAAUUGUAAACAAACCAUAAACUUCCCUAUAAUUGGUAAACAAAAAAUGAGCAAACUGAAGAAACCGAGGAUGACGUCAAAAGUCGAUAAACCUGACCUUCCAAAAAUUAAGGAGCAAUUAAAACUUUCCUGUUCCAUUUGUGGUGUAGUGAGAUACGAUACGGGACACUAUUUAGACCUUCAGAGCCUUCAAAGAAAGUUCAACCUCUUUAUAACUCUCAUGGGGAAAUUGUUUCCCUUGUCGACAAUUAGCCGUCAUCCUGACGACGAAGGAAGUUUGAUAUGUUUACGGUGUGCCGAGUCAAUAAAGACGGUGUGGAAUUUAAGUGAGGA